AUGAAUGAGAAAAAGGUGGGAAUUAUUGGGAGUGGUAAUUGGGGCAGUGCGAUUGCUAAACUAGUGGGUGAAAAUGUGCAGCGUAUAUCUGGGUAUGAUAAGAGUGUACAGAUGUGGGUUUUUGAGGAGAUGGUUGCUGGGAAGGAAUUGACGCGGAUUAUUAAUGAGGAUCAUGAGAAUGUGAAGUACUUGCCUGGGAUUAAGUUGCCGAUGAAUGUUGUGGCUGUGCCUGAGAUUGAGAAGGUGGUGGAAGGGGCGGAUGUAUUGGUUUUUGUGAUGCCGCAUGAGUUUCUGAAUAAGUGUUUAGAUAAGAUUGUUGGGGUGGUUAAGCCGGGUGCGAUAGGGGUGACUCUGAUUAAAGGUGCGUUUUUUGAAGAAGAUAGGUUGGUUUUGAUCAGUGAUUUACUGAGUAGGCGGUUGGGGAUAAAAGUAUGCUCUUUAAUGGGGGCGAAUAUUGCUAAGGAUGUGGCGAUGGAGUACUUUAGUGAGUCAACGAUUAGUGGUGGGGAUAAAGAGGUGGGAAUGAGUAUGGUGCAUUUAUUUACGACGGAGUAUUUCAGUGUGCGUUAUUUGCCGGUUCAUGGAGUAGCGGAAGUAUGCGGUGUUUUGAAGAACGUAGUGGCUAUGGGUUGUGGUAUUGCGUCUGGUAAUGGUCAGGGUAGUAAUACGAUUGCAGCUAUAAUUAGGAAUGGGUUGCUGGAGAUGAUUCGAUUUUGUGAUGAGUUUAUUGGGGCUAAUAGUACGGCUGAAAUGGUUUCACGUGCGUUUUUGGAGUCAUGUGUGGUGGCUGAUUUGAUUGUGACUUGUACGAGUGGUCGAAACUUUCGGUUUACUAAGCAGGCGGUUGAGACUGGGCAGACAAUUGUUGAGAUUGAAAGUUCGGAAAUGAAUGGCCAAAAACUGCAAGGGUACAGUACUGGGCAGGAAUUGAAGGUGUUUUUGGAGCGGAAUAACAAAAAGGAGAUAUUCCCUUUGCUUUAUAGUAUUUGUGUUUCUUCUCAGACGACUUUACGUGAUAAAGAUAUCAUUGCUGCCAUUAUUCGUGCGGCAGAAGUCUCAAAUGGUCAGUAA